AGAGGGUGAGGUGAGAGAGGGUGAGGUGACAGGUUGUCUCGAACCUACAACCCCUUUGUCUCAGAGUCUGGGAGAGUCGGAAGGGGCUGGCAGGCGGACAAAGGGCCGAGCGGACUGUAGACUGGAGCUGCCAAUGUGGUUUGUGUUUCCAGGUCGGGGAGAGAUCCCUCUACGACGGCAGAAAAGACUGAAACGGCAGAUCAUCAGAGGCAGCGACUCGCGACCGGGAGACUGACUCUGGCAAGUCAGUGUGCAGAAGGUGAAGACACACGUGUGUGGUGGAUCCAGCCUCUGCAACUGCUGGGUGCUGACUGUAGCUCACUGUCUCUUCAAACUAAGCUGAAAGAUCGUACAAACUCCACACAGAUAUCACCCGUUGCCUUGAUAGAUCCCGGGUCUCUGACGCAGCAACUCUACUUGAUGGGCCGAAUGGCCGAAUUCUGCUUCUAUUACUUAUGCACUGAUGAACUUCUCCAGAGAUGCUGCCUGGCCCGCUGAGUUACUUCACACUCUCUCGGCCCCUCUAUUCCCUUCCUACCCACAGGGAUGCCGACACACCACAACGCCCUCCCUUACACCUCUUUCCCCGAACUCUAUGUACCCCUCCCCUCCCCUCCCCUCCCCUCCCAGUCUCUCCGUUUGUGAAGAAUACAUUAGGAUGCCGGUAUCUCUCGCAAACACUGAGACUGGAGCCGCACAGACUCAAACUCAUCAAACACCCACUACUGAGCGUACCUUGCAAUUUCAAUCGCAUCGCAAACUGACCAGAACUUCACAAGUUCACCUGGAGUUUGAGCGGAUCUCUGCUUUCACUGGGAAACCGACAAGACCUCUAACUCCACCCAAACACUGCUUCCAAUUUCACGUGGAGAUUGACUGGAUCUUCCAAUUUCAAUAGGACAUUGACUGAAACUAAGUUCACCCAUGAAAUAACGGGACCCUUGGAUUCCACCCAAGAGUCUGCCCGAACUUUACAAUUUCACUUGGGACAGUCCGGUUCCCUCAAUCCCAUCCGAGAAUUGAUCUCACCUUCAAUCCCACCCACCCGGAGACUGACGGGCAGAAUGACGGGGGGUGAAACCCGCCUUGUGGGUGGCUGUCACGUCAUUGGUCAUGAGGUGAUAAUACUUCUCACUGUGAAUGGAAUAAAAGCAGAACCAGACGAGGGAACAUUGUUACAUCGCAGCCUCUUGGCCAGGUCGAAGCUUCUUGACAAUGUCAAACGGCGACAGUCUCCCGGAGUUGCUGCUGCCGGUCAUACAACGCUUCGAGACCCAGAACCUCGCCAUUAAGGUUCUGUUUGCCGUGGCUUAUACCAUCAUCAUUAGCCUCUCACUCUUCAGCAACCUCCUAGUAUGUUACACAGUCUUGAAGAACUGGAGAUCAAUGAGGAACUCACACCUCUUCAUUCUCAACAUUGUCGCGGUGGAUAUGCUGUUGACACUCGUCAACAGUACUUUUGCCCUGGUACGGUUUGUAAGCAGUAACUGGGUCUUUGGAUCGACCAUGUGCCACGUCAGCUGGUUCUCCCAGUAUUGUUCUCCCUACGUCUUGACACUCACUCUGAUGGCGAUAACACUGGAUCAGUAUCAGGUGAUUCUAAAUCCUUUAAAACCUCGCAUGUCUCUCUCCAAAGGUAUUUUAUCUAUCGUUAACAUCUGGGCACUGGCGUCUUGUUUCUCUCUGCCUCACGCUAUUUACCAGACGUUGUUUCACUACGUGUACAGAGAGAAAAUCAUCAGGAGUCAUUGCGUCCCCGCUUUUCCCAAGCUUUCAGAAGUCUUCAGGAGAUACUACGAUGUCGCAACCUUCACGCUGUUCUACAUCCUGCCGUUGGUGGUGAUCACCGUAGCCAUCGCCGGUGUGAGCAAGAAGCUAUUGCCGAGCAAAACCAUUGGUGCCGAGGCCCCAGUUCAACACCGCAGGAAGAAGAACACCAUCAAGAUGAUCGUGUUGCUGGUGGUGACCUUUGCCCUCUGUUGGUUCCCCCUCAACGUCUACACCUUCCUGCUCUCCGACCAAUUUGUCCAAUUCAACAACACCCUCUACUCUGCCUUCCACUGCGUGGCCGUGAGCAGCACCUGUUGGAACCCCUUCAUCUACUGUUGGAUGGACAACAGGUUCCGCUGCAACCUCAUGACCCUUCUGGCCACGUGUGGGGGGAGAAGGAGGAGAGGAGGCAAGAUCCUGGCGCUCAACACGGCCAGCGGAGACGGGAUGCAGUUGGGGGUGAGAUUGGAGGACAAGCCUGGCUCAUUCACGGAGAAUAUGAGUUGCUACCUUUGUAGGCGCAGGGGCAACAAUGGGGAGAGAGAACAUCAUCAGGUGUCAAUGUGUCCCCACCUUUCUGAAGCCUUCAGACGUCUUCAGGAGGAACUUGGACCUGUCAAUCUUCAUGCUACUCUACCUCCUGCAGUUGGUGGUAAUCACCGUAGCCUCCGCCGCGGUGAGCAAGAAGCAGUGGCUGAGGAAAACCAUUGGUGCCAUCACAGUGACCCAGGCCGCCACUCAACGCCACCGGAAGAAGAGGACCAUCAAGAUGAUCGUGCUGCUGGUGGUGACCUUUGCCCUCUGUUGGUUCCCCCUCAACGUCUACACCGUCCUGCUCUCCGGCCAACGCGUCCAAUUCAACAACACCCUCGACUUUGCCUUCCACUGGGUGGUCGUGAGCAGCACCUGUUGGAACUCCUUCACCUACUGUUGGAUGGACAACAGGUUCCGCUCCAACUUCAUGACCCUUCUGGCCAAGUGUGGGGGGAGAAGGAGGAGAGGAGGCAAGUCCAGUGGAGACGGGAGGCAGUCAAGAUGAGAUGGGCGGACAAGCCUGGCCCAUCCACGGAGAAUAGGAGUUUCUACCUUGGAGGGCGCAGGGGUAACAAUGGGGAGGUGAAUACACUUUAGACUUUACAGAUUCCCCGUUGAAACUUGGUAUCAUGUUCAGCCCAGGUAUUAUGGGCCAAGGCAUCUGUACCUGUGC